AUGGUAUCCCAUUGUCCAGAGAUUUAUUCAGGACCAUAUCAAUUUUGUUUUGAUACUGUCAAUGGUACUCAACAAAUCGGUUAUAUUCGACCAAUUUGGUUAAAUAGACCUACCGAAGUAUUGCCAUCGAGUGACGAAUGGAUAACAUGUAUUCGCCUAUCGAUCAAACCAGAUAAACGAGGUGAUCGACUUCAACGAAAUUUUGAUGAUAUUCAACCAAUACUUUUAUUGUUUUUGAAUCGUCUUCGACAAAUCGAAAUUAUUCGCGACAAUAAUAAUCACAUUCUCAGUAGUAGUAGUACAUUUACACGAAUCGAUCAUGCUCAAGAACAAAUUAUCGAAUUACAAGAACGAACAACACAAUCAGAGAGUAUCAUCAAACAUUUUUGGCUCGUUGUAAAAAAAGUUAUUCACGUGCCAACUGAUCUCAAAAUGAAAUUAAGUGAAGUAAAAUGCGAUGUCGAAUCAACAACUAUUGCUAUAGCUUAUCCAUUAAAUCCUAUUUAUGAAUGUUCAUCUCGUCAAGUUCUUUCGGCACAGCCAUUAUUUGCAUAUUUACCACUUCGUUCGUAUGGUUUUCGUUUUAUUUUACAAGCCGAUUUCGAAAUAACGGCAGCACGACAAGAGAUUUUACGUGAUAAUCGAUGGAAUGAUUGGUUAAAAUCUGAAAUGAUUCAAUUAUUUCCUUUAGCUUAUGAACAAUUUCAACAUUUACCUGAUUUACUCACUCAAUGUACGCUCGAUUUUCAUCAAACAAAUAAUCCAUUAACAAAAAUUCAAACAUUAAAAUAUUUUCUCAAAUUAAUACCAACUCGAAAUGAAAUUGAUCCAUAUUUUAAUAUAUUUGUUGAUAAAAGUAUUCAAGGCUUGAUGGGUAUCAUACGUUUACCUGUAUUUUGUCAUGAUGAUGAACAAAUCAUUGAUUGGGUUUUACCAUCACAAUGUGUUAUUGUUCGUGAUACAUUUAUACGAAAGAUUUUCUCACAAAAUUUACUUUUAUCACAUUUUAAUAGUUAUUAUCUACAUGAUGAAUUUAUCAAAGAAUGUGAUGAACAAAUUCUUAUUAAAUUAGGUUGUCGUCGAUUAGAUUUUGCCGAUAUACUCAGAUUAAUUCGUACAUUAUACAAACAAAAUGAUCAAAUACAUUCAACAAAAACAACGAGCAUUGAACAAAUUGCUCAAUGGCUUCUUUGUAUUGAUUAUAGUCUUCAACAAGAACGUGAACGACCCGGUUUUAAUACUGAUUAUGAUGAUGAUGAUGAAACAGAAAUGACAACUAUAAACGAAUUAAAAAAAUUGAAAAUAAUACCAUUACGACAACAAUCACAAUUGGUAUCUUUUGAUGAAUUCGAUAAACGAACAAUUUUAUUUCCACCAAAUAAAUCAAUCAAAUAUGAUAAACAUCUCAAACUUGUUUUGGAUGAUUUACCAACAAUUGAUGAUCGUCUGCUUGAUUAUAUCGAAGAUAAAUAUCCACGACGUAUUGAUUCAAUCAAAACAUUACUAACAAAUUUAGGUUAG